GUUGGGAAGGGUUGGUAGUGGUUGUUGUUUGUGUGAGGCCAGGUGUGGUGGGUCGUGAGACGCGGGCACCUUCUCCACAGCAAUGGGUGCGGUUUGAGGCCACUUUCUGACCAUAUAAAGAUGGGGAGGAGUAGAAGAGAUUGGCUUUUAGCAACAAUGCUUGCCUGUUGUUGCUGUGUAAUAUCACCAGCAGAGGAGAUUGUACCUCUGGGAUGCUUCACUGAGGAUGCAGAAAGACCUUUGCUGUACCACUCGCCCAACACAUCAAGUGGAAUGAGUGUAACUGCCUGUGUUGAAGAAUGUAGAGCCAAGUUAAUGAGAUAUGCUGGGCUAUUGAAUGGAAAUGAGUGUUUGUGUGGAGAUGUGUUCAGUGGUAACCCAUCUGAUCUGUGUAAUGUUCAGUGCUUAUCAAACUCCACACAGACUUGUGGUGGUGAUGGAGUAAUGAGUGUAUAUGAAACUGGUCAAGGCAUCCUUGGUGCCCCAAUGAAUCUUACACAGGUAGACAGCGAACCAUCCAGUCUGCAUAUUAACUGGGAACCUCCUGCUGGAGGAUUGUCAGAAAUUCUUGAAUACCAUGUAAGUGCAAUACCAGAUUUUACUUACAGUGAAAGAGACCCACCUAGACCCAUGAAGUGGGUGUUCUCUGCCCACACCUACACUGCCUGGCUUCAUGGCGUACAACCUGGUACAAAAUACAAGGUGGAAAUAAGGGCCGCUUCAUCUGCUGGUCUUGGAUAUCCCCAGUCCAGGGAAAUGUGGACCAAAGUUGGAAAGCCGGAAACUCCUGCAUCCCCCCAACUUAUAAGUCGGACCUCCACCACCAUGACUGUGCAGCUCCAAUCUGUCCCUCCAACUAACGGACCCAUUACAGCAUAUCAGGUCGUGGUUAUAGAUGAAACUGUUAGUGUUGAGCUCCAGCCACAGCUACUUGAAGAUUUUCAUAAUGCUUCUGAAAAAGGUCUUCCAUUUUACAUUGCAGCUCAGUUUCCUUCAGAUAAUUUUAUGACUACAUUCACAGUUGGUGAUAAAAAACAAUAUGGGAAUUACUACAAUGCUCCAUUAAGCGAAGGUGUAGAUUAUCACAUAUUACUUGGGGUUUUAAGUACAAUAAAUGAAACAAAGGCAGCUUAUUCACCCUCAAAUCAUGAACAGCAUGAGAGUACUAUACUGGAUGAAUUUGUGAAAAGGGAUGAUAAUCCCCAGGUCGGUAUCCACUUAGCCAAUAAUCGGAAGCUAAUCUUAGGCUUGUCCAUUGCCAUAGGCCUCUUUGGCUUUCUUUUGAUUGCAUCCAUUGUUUUAUAUGUCGCUUUGAGAGUAUUGGUCAAGAAAAAUCGUCGAUCCUUAGAAAAUCAAGAACUAGCCAUUCAUGCCGAUCAUCCAAAUCAGGACAUAGAAAAUGGGUAUGCAGUAGGGGCACACUACGUGGAUGAGGAAACACCUCCAACAGAUCAUUACCGGCAGCUGAAGGAGAGAGUCUGGAUCAUUCCUCACCAAGGGCUUAACAUUGUUGGAGACAUAGGAACCGGAAAAUUUGGGGACGUAAGAAAGGGCGUGGUAGUCAAUAAAGCUAAUCAGAUGAAUGUAUUAGUCCAGCGAAUAGCAGAUGAUACUUUGGACAGAAAUAGCAAGAUGCAGAUGUUGCGUGAGUUUGACGCACACAUACGUAUCGCUUCACAUCCACACAUCAUCUCUCUUAUGGGGCUCAUGGAGGAACUCAAUAUAAUUUCUGUGGCCUUCGAGUAUGAAACAGCGACUCUCAAAACCCACCUGGUGGAGAGCCGUGCCGUACAACACUAUCCUGUAUAUGCUGAGAAGAACAGAAGAUUUUCAACACUUCUUGAAGGACAGGCUUUUGAUAUAUUGGCAGGAGUGGCUAGAGGCAUGAGUCACCUAGCAUCACUUGGAGUGGUCCAUGGUCAGCUGUGCGCUAGGAAUGUGGUACUGGUUGAUGGCACCCAUCCAAAAGUUACUGGCUUUGGUCUUCUUCAUUACCACAAUGACUUGUAUGUACCAGAUUACAGACGGUGGCAUGCUGCCGAAACCUUGCGGACCAAGUUGUCAACGUCAAAGAGUGAUACUUGGUCCUUUGGCUGUUUAAUGUGGGAAAUGACUACCCUUGGGGGCACUCCAUAUGCAGAUGUACGCACCGAGGAUGUUGCUGGCCGUGUGCUCCGAGGAUUGCGGUUAUCUCAGCCACAGUAUGUUGGUGAUGAACUGUAUCAAAUGAUGCUCGACUGCUGGCAACAGGACCUAGACGAACGGCCUUCAUUCCCUGAGCUGGAAGCCAGUCUGCAAAGGUUGGCUUGUGACGACAUAACGCCGCACCUUUUGUUCUCUCUGUACCCGUCAUUCCAGUAUGAACUGUAUGCACCUCACUUUGAGUUUUUGGAUUAACUCAUAAAUAUGAACAUCAUUUACCAGUUGAACAGAGUUCCUGAACUCUGACUUGCCAGGUGCACUUGACAAUGUGUUCCAUUUAUUGCAUGUUCACUCUGUGAAUGGCUUUGUGGAGUAAAUUGUAUGACACGUCUCAAAAGCUGACAAAUAAAAGCAUUGUUGACCAAACCACACACUGGAAAGUGAAGAGACGACGACGUUUCGGUCCGUCCUGGACCAUUAUCGACAAUCGACUUGAGAAUGGUCCAGGACGGACUGAAAUGUCAUCGUCUCUUCACUUUCUAUUGUGUGGUUUGGUCAACAUAUUUCAGCCACGUUAUUGUGACUCCUCGUCUGCAUAAAAGCAUUUAUACAGUACAUAUAUAUAUUCUACAAUGUUCUAGAAUAAUUGUAGACUAUUCGUACAUAUUUUAGCCAAAUGGUGAAAUCUUGUGCCAAGAAAAUGGUAUUAUAUGCACAUGUUUUUAAUCACAAUAAUUUUUGAUUUUGGUAAAUAUAUAGUCAUAUAAAGCUUUCACUUUUAAAUUUAGUGUAAGUGGAAGAUCUUGGUCACCAUGCUUGCAAAGGAGACAUUGAUGAGGGUCUGCAGUGUGUGCGAGAUACUUUCCUUCUACACAGCAGGACAAAAGGGAAAAAUUAUGGUAUUGCUGAUUGAUGAUCUUGUGAUAAUAGCCAGCAAGGUAAAGCUUUUACUUCAGUUUAAGCUUUGCUUUUUUUUGUGUGUGUAAUGAGUUACUGUAAAUGGAUAUCUUAGUGUAAAGGAACAAAAAUAGCUUGCCAGUAUUCAGGUACUUUAAGCCAAUUAUAGCUUUACUUCCCCCCCCCCCCCCUCUCUGCUCCUCCCCACCUAGCCCUUUUCCCUUACCCACUUUCUCCCUAUCCUCCCUCCCCCUACACCCACUUUUCCUCAAAUAAGUAAAUCUUAUAUUAGUGUUUGAAACUUUAGAAUAAUUCUUGCAUUCCUAAAACGUAAAUGAAUUGUACUGGAUGUGAAAAACCAUUCAUUAGCUGCGACUUGGCUGGCAUGAACACAACUGGCCUUCUCUAGCGUUGGAAAGGCUCGAGCGUUUUGAUGUGCUACAUGGCUUGUAAUUAGUGACUUUGAGUGUCGAGGUUUAUCUUGCCUGGACUGCCAUAUAGAGGUGGCACUAGUUAGAAAUAAAUAACAUUGUAAACUAUCCAUAAAGUUAAUUACCAUAACAUCCAGUCGAUGUUUCUUAUGGAAAUACUUGUAAGGAUUAACACAGACAAAAAUUCUAUGGAAUUUAUAGUUGUAUGUAGAUUUGUAUAAAGAAACUGCAGUAGUGAAAGCCAUUCACAAUACAUUGAAGCUUUAAGAGAAUUUUGACAAUAGAACUGAUGUUUCUGGUCACAAAUUUGAUAACUUAUAAAGUGAUGCAAGAGCAGCAGCUUGGUAUUAAAAGCCAAUACAGUAUAUUGUAUUAUAGACCUAGCUAGAAAUAAUAGAGGGUCUGCUUGAGCAUUAUGUACAUAAUAAUUCAUGUAAGUGUGGAGAAGGUAGCUGUGUGGAAGUGUAGCUUUGUGAAGACGUACGUCUGGAUACGUGUAGCAUUCAAGGCGAAUGCUUAUUUUUUUACGUAUAUAACUAGCAGAACAGGUUUUAUUGACGUUCUAAUUUUGUCUAAAUAGCAUUAAGGUUAGCUAAAGGCUACUUCUUGUAUUCUUUUUAUGCAAAAUAUGAUUACCUUGUAUUAAAAUUUAGUACACAUGUUAGUAGAGCAAAGCCGAUUAUACUUAGUGUGUGAUGGAAUUUUAGUUUCCAAAUUUAUCGUUAAUGAUAAAUUAAAACCUAUUAAAUGUUUAAAAGGUUUGUUUAUGUAUUUUUACUGGUGUGUCUUUGAGCUGUAGCAAUGUCAUUAACAAUAGGAAGAAUUAAUGUCUGGUCGUGGCUGGUAUGAUGUACAUGCCCGCAUAAGCUUUAACAGUAUCAGUAGCUCACAUUUUAAGUGAAUGCUUCCGAUGAUGUAAUUAUUGAUGCCGUGGAUGAAGGUGUUGAGUGUCGACAUGGCUAAGUUGUGUGUGUGUGUGUGUGUGUGGGGCAUCAACAAAAAUAGCAUGCAUAUGGUGGUUGUUAUCCAAGCACAAACAUUCCUUACAAUAUUUUAUAAGGAACCUAAAUAUCAUGGGGUAGUUGACAGCAAAAUUUGAAUUUGGUUAUGUUUUUAUUUCAUCUUUAUGGUUCGUUGUUAUGGACAUAUAGUAUUCAAUAUUCUAGCUUUUUUAAAUUAAGGUGGAGAAAGAUGUAAUUGUACAUUGAAUGAUGUUUUGCGAUAUAUUUUCCGUCUGUAUUUCUCAGGGAGGUGUGAAAUAAAUAGGUAGAAUAUUUCUCAUCUCAAGUGAGGAUGUAGCAGUCUCUCGUAGUUGAGUAGUGUGGUAUUUUCCUAGACAGGUGGUCUGCUUGUGGUAAUUUCUUGUAUCCAUUAAAUUUCAGGCUAAACAUAAAGUUGAUUGAAAACUAACAAUUUAAUGAAGUUAGCAAUUUCAACAAUUUUGCAUUUGCUCUGCAGCCUGUUUCUAGAAAAAUAAUAAAAAACAAGUUAUUUAGACAUCGUCUUAGCGAUUGUAACAUGUAUGCCACCAACAGUGAGAGAGUGUGUGUUUUGUGUGGUAGGUUUAGUGGUAGACAAUUGCAAGCACCAAUUAGGUUUCACAUUCAUCCAAUUUCUGUAUUCUAAUUAUAAAUUGAAUAAUUGAAAAAAAGGCUGUUUACAUGAAUAUGUAAUGGCUAAUAUUCAAUAUCUCAGUGGUUUGGAGAUCAGUUGUGAGCACUCAAUUUUUACAUGCAACUAGAAGAUUCAGUUGAAUCCCAGGUUGCAUUGCCUUUCUACAUGGUGCAAUUGUUUAAGGCAUUUGCUUGGGAGUACCCAGAGCAUGGGUUAAAAUCCCUGUCAUAGCUGCUGCUGAUUUUCUCAUGCAACUAGAAGUGUGGUACACUGUUUUGGAUGACACUUAACUUCAGUGAGGCAUCAACAAGACUAUUUUGCUUAUUUCAGUUAAAUUUGUUAAAAUUUUAACAUUUUAGUUACAUGGAUCCCUAAUCCUCUUAUUUGCAUCAAAGUAAAAAAAAAAAACAGCAGAAAGCAGAAGUGCAGCAAAAUAAGAAAAUGGGUACCCAGAGGUAACGAGGCAAAGAAUGUCGUGGUGUGGGUUAAACAUUCUUUGAUAUGCCUGAUCAUCACUAGGUGGCAUUCACGGUCACCUGGGGUUCCAGCCAGCCUAGCGGUGUUAGCUAUCCCUGGAACAUUAGUUAUAUCGGGAGCCAUUGCUUUGUUUUCAUUUUUAUUAUCCUUCCAAUUGUGUUAUGUUAUCCACUUUGCAUGUGCCCUGGCUUUGUAUUGCACUCCAGUUGUGGGCUAGGGUUCACUUUCUUUCUAGUCAGCUCAUGCUUUCCUUGCAUUGCCAAACAUACCUGCUCUGAGGGAUUCAGGUUUCUCUAUAUUGAUUUCUCUUGAGUGACCACACUUCCAGGUAACACCUCCCCAUUGCAAGGCCUAUUGAGGGGAGUGUAGUAGUUAACUGUGUGAUUGUGGCUGGUUGUGCUGCUCUUGUGUGGUGGCACUCUGAGCUUUUGCUGUGGCUGCAUCCGACUUCCCUCAUCAAGUAUUUGUCAGAGUUUGGAGGUUGUUCAGCCGAGAUGCUUCCCUUAUGCCUGGCAAGCCUAGCUGUCUGUGUUUAGUCCAGGUAGCUAGUUUCUCUCUUAAAUUUUUUUUUUUUUAAUGUUUUUGGUUGGGUUUGGUCACCUUGUCUGAUUCUGUACUUGAUUGUUUUUAUUUACAGUUGCCACCAUCUUUCUGCAUGUUGAUAGUCACAAACUUCCCACCCUGGUGGGCACGUAUUGGCCUGUGCCGUUGGGUGGCCUGCAGUAGACAUGUGCCCUGCGGUGGCAGCUGUUUGUUUUUGCCUUUGGCUCCUGCUCGCUCUCUCUCUUUGUGCCCCCUGGUGUUUUUUGGGGUCCAGGCGGUGCAUCAGGCUGUGGCUUCCCUGUGUCUUUGCCUCUAUUUCCAGGUGUUGUGUUUCUGGCUGCCAAGAGGGUCUGUAUUCUUGCUCUCAUAGAGCCCCCACUGCUAUAUGCACUUUAUUUUUUGUGGAAACUGAUCAGAUUUCUUACUUUUAACUGAAAUGUUGGGUCUUUGAUCUUGAAGCAGGUUAUGCUCAGACCAGGCUGUGUGAAGAAAUAUGUCACAAAACUACAAAGCUGCGUAGUAUGAAACCAGUAUGGGUAUUCUUAUGAAUUUCAUGCUAAUUUAACUAGCUUCAGAUCUGAAAGAAUUACAAUAAUAGUUAGGUUCUAUACACACUAUAUGAGCAUACACACUGCUCGAGUGUAUGAAGGUGAGCUCACAGUUUCUGAGAGGAAUUAUAUCUCAACUUUUAUACACUUGGCUGCUGCUGCUGCUACUAUUGUAACCACACUUUUAAUGUAUGAAGGUUAUUAUAGGUGUAGUAGUAGUAUAAUUACAUUUAAGCAUAAGAAUAAAUUGGAGAUUGCUGCAUCAUAACUGAUUUUACAUACAUUCUAAUAUUUUUGCCACAGUAUCUCCACUUAUCAAGUACUGUACUGUACCUGCAAUAAAGAAUUUGUUCCAAUACAAAUUUCAACCUUUCAUUGUGUAAUAAUGUAUAUAAACGUAAUGGCAACUACAUAAGUAAACGUGAUGUUUGUUGAAUCUCUGGUUUCUUUUUACAGUAUAUUUAAUUUUGUAGCUUUCCAUUUGUUAAAACAUUUAAGUGCAAUUAUUAUUACAUUUUAUUAUAAUUGGUGGGCAAAUGGCUCAUGUUAAUUUUAGAUAUUCUCUACAUUAUUUUCAAUUAUAAGCAGCCUAAAGAAUGAUUUUUUUUUUGUGAUCUCAGUUCCAAAUGAUAGAAAUAUUAUCUCAUUAUAUAUUGUCUUUUUAAUACCAUGUUUCAUAUUUCCUCUUCUAAAUUUAUGUCUAGUUAAUGUGUUUUUGUGAAUGGUGUGUGUAGAAUGGUGAUAGUAUUUUGUGUAUAGUGUAGUGAUGAGGCGUUGCUUGGACAGUUGAGAAGUGGGAUUAUCCUUGGUGCUUCCAGCCAGUAAAGCACUACGUAAGUGUGGCAUUGCUCAAAGCUGGGAUCUCCGUUGAAAGUUAUUAUUUUUCGCUUUUAACCGAUUUUUAAUUACGCUUUUUCCUUCAAAUUAUUUUGGUGGUACACUCGCUAGAUGCAUUCUGUUAAAUUAAUGUUUUGUUAAUUUCCCUCUUUAUUUAUAUCAUUCAUUAAUCAAAUAUUCAGGUUUUUAUUUUUAAGUUUUAAGUAAAAAGCAAGAUCAAACUACUCAUAAUCUCUAAAGUGAGAUCAAUUGGAAUGCAAAGUUUAUGUGCAUAGCCUUUGCUAUAUCAUUUUAUAACAUUAUUCACUACACAAUAGAAGAAUGUGCUUUUCAUAUAUAUAUAGACAUAAUUACCUUGUGAAAUAUACUACCUAUAUCAAAGAAAUUGAAUAAAAGAUUUAUUAAAUGC